ACCCACACACACACACACGAGUAUAAUGGACUUUUGUCCCAGCGGAACGCAAGGACGCAAUUGCGCAUUUUGAAGACGCGUGAUAGAGACGAGGGGUUGAACACGUGGUGCGUGUUCUCGACGCAGUUUUUUCUCAUCUCUUCGGUGUUCUGUAAUUGCAUUGAAGGCUUACAAAGUUGCCACGGUGAUAAAUUGUACCAUUUCACUAACUGGUCGCACGUUUUUAAUUCGCCAGUAAACGGCGGGAUGAGCGUGCGUACACAGAGACUACUUCUAUGUGCAUUUGUACUCUUAGGCAUCAUUUACCUCUGCACAAACCGGCGUGCAAACAACAAAGAUGUGUCUGUCAAGCAACUUCUUGCUGCUGCGAUAAGAGCGGCGGAGAUUGGGGGACUGGAAGUUGUGACAGUGCAUGAUCAAAUCAAAUUCAAGAUAGAAAGCAAAGGCAAAACAAAGGAGGGCGUAAAUGAUCCAGUGACAGCAGCAGAUUAUAGAUCUCACUGUGCCAUGUAUCGCUCUUUAACGGAAGCGUUUCCAGGAAUUACUGUGAUAUCUGAGGAAACGUCGCAGGACUGUGAUAAGAUUGUAGUAGAGGAUAUUAAGAACUCUGUUAAAAAUCUCGAAGGUUACGAUAUGAGUGACGACAUUGUAAACGUUAAUGAUAUUACAAUUUGGAUUGAUCCUCUUGAUGCCACCAAAGAGUUCACAGAAAAUUUACUGCAAUAUGUAUCUACUAUGGUAUGCAUAGCUGUCAAGGGACAACCAAUUAUUGGUGUCAUAUAUAAACCAUUUGAGACCAGACAGAAUUACAGUUUGUUCUGGACGUGGAGUAAUCACGGAGUAUCAAGAAACUUGAAAAAUUUACCCAAGCUAAUCUCUGUUGAACAGGUAAAGGAUAAUAAAACACCUAUCUUAAUUGUGUCUCUUUCACAUGCUGGACAAGUAAAAAAUUCAUCUAAAGUUGCCUUUGGCGACAACAUUAAAAUUAUUUCUGCUGCUGGUGCAGGAUACAAAUUUUUGGAAGUAGCUGCUGGUAAUGCAACUGCCUAUGUUCAUACAACUGCUAUCAAGAAAUGGGAUAUAUGUGCAGGCACUGCAAUUCUUAGUGCUUUAGGAGGAACGGUAACACAGUUAUAUGAUCAGCAACCAAUCUAUUUCGGUGCUAAUGAUGCCAAAGUACUUACAAAGGGUCUUUUAGCAACUAUGAGUGAACACGCGUGGUAUUCCGAAAAAUUCUUACACGAUUUUCCUUCCGAUUCACAUUAAGAACGCAAUACAUUAAGAGAGAAUUAAGAUUGUAUAUAUUAAAUUUUGCUCUUCUAAAAUAGUUUCUAUUCCGUAAUAAAAAAUAUCAAUAUGUACGUAAUAAGAUCACAUAUCUUCCAACAAUCUUAACUGUUAAGUAUUUAUUGUAAGAAGUAAAUUUAUCAUAAACCGUGUAUAAAAGAUGUAAACUUUUAUAUAAUAAAUGAAGUAAUAGUCA